AUGAAACGGAGACUUCGUUCCAAAGUUUGGUGGCCGUGUAUGGACAAGGACACAGAACAGUAUGUUAAUGAGUGCCGCGAUUGCCUGUUAGUAUCAAUGCCAUCAAAUCCGGCCCCCAUGAAAAGACAUCCGUUUCCGAAUGGACCCUGGAGAUGCGUAGCGACCGAUCUUUUGGGCCCUUUACCAAAUGGUGAGAAUGUACUCGUAUUAAUAGACUAUUACUCGCGGUAUAUGGAAUUCAAACUCAUCAAGUCGAUAUCAUCGAAAACCAUUAUUGAGGAAAUGGAAGAGAUCUUUUCCAGAUUGGGAUUCCCGGAAUCAUUAACAACUGAUAAUGGGAGGCAAUUUGUCAGAGUCGAAUUUAAAAAUUUUUGUGAAAGCAGCGGCAUUACGCUAAUGCCAACUCCCCCAUACUGGCCCCAGGCCAACGGCGAAGUAGAAAACAUGAACAGAUCUCUGGAGAAACGCCUAAAGAUAGCUCAUGCCAAUAACGACAAUUACAAAAAAGAAAUUCAAAAAUUUGUAUUUAUGUAUAACGUCACUCCACACGGGACCACGGGCGCACCACCAACAGAGCUAAUGUUUAACAGAGUGAUAAGGGACAAAAUUCCUGGCAUACAGGACCUCGUGGGCGAAACGGUUGAUUCAGAAGAGAGAGACAGGGACGUCUGGAAGAAAGAGAAAGGGAAAGAGUUAGCCGACAACGCUAGGAAAGCGGGAGUGAUCGAUAUAAAAGUAGGUGACAAGGUCCUCCUAAAAAACGUAAUAUUCCCGCAUAAGCUGACGCCAACAUUCGGUACGACCACAUAUGAAGUAACUAACCGAGAGGGAAAUGUUGUUCAAACUUCUGGUGGUGGUAAGUCGUAUACUAGGAAUGUAAGCCACUUGAAUAAGAUCAUCGGCGCAGACUCAUCGAAAUCGUCUAACUCGGUGAGCCCCGAUGUUGAGAUAUCUCCCUCAGCUAUUCCUUUACAGCCGGUUGCCGAAACUCUGACGCCACAGGAAACUCCGACAUCAAAGGACCUCCCUGACCCGAACGAGAACCUGAAGCUCCGUCUGGAGAAAAAAGAAGGGGUGUGGAGAUCCGUAUCGGCAGCGAAGAGCGACGGCAGAGAUGGGAUUGACGCGCUCUCUCAAAAGAAGUGA